ACUUAGACUAAAGACAAAACAUUUCGGCUAAAAAAUUAAAUGAGCUAAGCAACAAAAAUUUGAAAAGAAUAUUUAAAAUUAGGCAUUUUUGUGUAAGAGUAAGAGAACGAGAGAGAGACAGCGAGAGAAAAGUUAGCGAGUGCACUCGCUUUAAAGUUGUUUAUUGUUGUAGGCUUAGAAAGCAGCAAAAGUUAGCAGUGUUCAUUUAUAAAGCUUUUAGUGAUACUAAAAAAGAAAUUAAAUACAAAACACACACGCACACACACAUACACACAAACAUACAAAAAACCGCAGCUAAGAACUGACAAUGAAGAAAAGCUCCACGCUAACAACUACCACAUCGAUGCCGACGAGUCCAACGCUGUCGGCGGAGACGCUCUCGGCCAGCAAGAUGAGCCUGAGCAGCAGCCGCUCGGGACGUUCCUCGUGCCAAUCACAUGGACCAGUGCGGCCCGGCAGCGGCUGCGUGGAUGCGAUUAAGGCUAAGCGCGAGGAGAUCGAAAUCGAUACCAUACUUGAGAAGGCAAAAUUCUACACCUCCGUGUGCCUUGGUACGACUGCCAUACUGUCGGUGUUCACAUUUCUAUUCCUGAUACCCUUCGUUGUGGAUCCUGCCAUUUCAACAAUCAUAGCCGACUAUGAUCCAGUGCCGGUCACCUGCGUUGUUAUAGAUCACAUCUAUGCGGAGGGCAUCAAGAACUGCAGCUGGAGCAGCUGUCGCGAAGGCUGCACCUCAUCACUCACAAAGUGCCAUCAGUUGUAUGUCAACUAUACGCGCAUACCCUACAGCGAAUGGGAGCGCAAUCCUCGAGACUUGGAGCGUGUCAACUGGGAUGUUAGCUAUACAAAGUUUCUGAUUAACUCAGAAGGCUGUGGCUAUCCGCCCACGACAAAUUGCAGCAUCUUUGCCAGACAAUAUGGCUUCUCGCACAUUGGUGAGCCUUUUCCCUGCUUCUAUAGUCGCGCCUAUCCAGAGGUAGUCAUUGGGCGCUACUCCUGGGAAAACAAUCUGUACCAUUUGGUGCUCUCGCUCAUCAUACCAAAUGUGCUCUUCGCCAUCUCUAUUGGCGUCCUGAGCUACUGGUACUGCCCAUGCUGUGAGAAGGCGUGCAACAAAUCCUCGCGCGUCUAUGCUGAAAAGUUCCCAACCAAGGAAGAGAUCGUUAACUGCAUGAAAUGUAAUACGGAAAAAUCCAUAUCUUUGAAUGUAUUUUGAAAUCAAAUCAAAUGCGACAGUGCCUGAAUUUUGAUUACCCCCUUAUAAAAACAUAACAAAUCCCCAGAGCUAGUUUCAAGUGCAAGUGAUGGAUAACCAAACAUUGUUGUUAGCUAUAAUGAAUAUUUAUAACUUUAAACUUGAGCACGCUCACCUCACACCAAAAUCUAAAACUCUAAAGUGUCCUUAUCAAAUUGUUUUUGUAAGCGCAGUCACGCCUAAGCCGGUCUCAGUUUUAAGCUGCCAUUUAAUAUAUAAAUAUAUCUACUAUAUAGUACUCUAGUAUUUAGCACCUCGUGGGCUAAACAGGGAACCAUUUGAAAUGUCAGAAAAGACUAUUUAUGAAUUAAAGUUAGCACAAAUAAAAUCUCAAUAUUUCUCACUUAAACAAAAUAUACAAUAUAUAUACAUUUUUGUACUGUCAAGUACCGUUAUUUAAAAUACUGCACUUGUAACUCGCACUAGUUAGUCAUACCCUCAUCUAACUAACCUUAAAGGUUUUCUUUUUCAAAAUAUACUUAUUACAAUUUUUACUUAGCAUGACUUUAGCAACGUUUUUCUAGUUUUAUUUUAGCAUGUCCUUUAGAUAUGUUUACAACUAAUGAUUGCUUUUUGCCAUGUUUAGAGCCUGGAAUUAACUCAAGUAUUUAUUUAUGUAUAACUAAUUGUUAUUGCUUUUACUUAAGUAUACGCCUAGAGACGAUUAUGAACUUUGUUCCCAAUCAAUUCUUUUAGCAAACUUCUGUGUCACAGUGACGAAGAUGAUGAAAUGGAAUACUAGCAAACAAAUUAGUUAAACCAACUUCUUAAGCAAAUAGCAAAUUUAAA